AUGGUGCCACAAUUGCCAUCAACAACAGAACUUAAAAGGGUGGGUGAUGAAGGUGAGAAUAGAAAUGGUAAUUUCACUUUACAACAACUUUUUCAACAGUCUAAGGUGAUUGAUGAGGAGUCUAUUGAUGUUGAACUUGAUUUUUCAAGUGGGUUUGCAAAUUCUAGGGUGAGGGAAACAAUGAUUCUCACUCUUAGGUUCUGGAAAAACAUAUAUCGAACAAAGGAGCUAUUUGCAUGUAGGACACUUCAAAUGUUCAUGGCCGGGCUUGUUUUAGGCUCAAUCUUUUACCAUCUGAAAGAUGAUUUAGUUGGUGCGGGAGAGAGGGUAGGCCUAUUUGCAUUCAUUUUGACUUUUUUGCUAUCAAGCACAUUGGAGGCUCUACCAAUAUUCCUGCAGGAGAGAGAAAUACUAAUGAAAGAGACCUCUUGUGGAAGCUAUAGGGUUUCAUCAUAUGCCAUAGCCAAUGGUCUUGUUUACUUGCCAUUUCUACUCAUCCUUGCAGUGUUAUUCACAGUGCCAUUGUAUUGGCUGGUGGGACUAAAUCGGACUUUUUCGGCUUUCCUUCACUUCUUGCUGUUAAUUUGGUUAAUUCUCUACACAGCAAACUCGGUGGUGGUGUGUAUCAGUGCUUUAGUGCCUAAUUUCAUCGUCGGAAACUCGGUGAUCUCCGGCGUGAUGGGUUCAUUCUUUCUGUUCUCCGGCUACUUCAUAUCCAAGCAUGGGAUGCCAAGUUAUUGGGUUUUCAUGCACUACAUUUCUUUGUUUAAGUAUCCAUUUGAAGGGUUUUUGAUUAAUGAGUUUUCUGGUUCUGGGAAGUGCUUGGAGUACAUGUUGGGAGCAUGUGUGGUGAGGGGUGAAGAUGUACUUAAAGAAGUAGGGUAUGGAGAGGAAAGUAGAUGGAGGAAUGUGGUCGUCAUGGUCUGUUUUAUUUUGGUUUACAGGUUCAUUUCUUAUGUCAUUCUGAGGUGUAGAUGCUCUCAGAAGGGACUCAAGGCAGUUCUAGUUUGA